AUGUUGGACACCAUCGUCCCUGCCCUGCAGGACCUGGGCAGGCAAGUGCUGCCCACGCUGCCGUCGCUGAGCCAGGAGGAAGUCUCUCUUAUUUGGGGCAAUGUUUCAGAAUUUGUGGAACGACAGUUAGCCCUUCACAAGGGUGUUCAGAUUCCAGGAUUUGGAACAUUCACUUUCAUGAGACAAAAGCUUGAGAUUGGAAACAACAAGUUUAUUCUAAUCCAGAGGCCCAUAUUCAUCAUGGCAGAGAAGUUAGUCCAGACGCAUGGACUCAAACAAAACAAGAGGCCUGGCACUAUGGACUCAGUGUUGUCCAGCAGAGAGGCUGUUGGGAAGCGGCCCAGCAGUGCACUUGCGUUUCCAAGGAUUGAGUUCAAGGAGACAGAGAAUAAACCACCUCUGGAGACGAUUGCAGAAGAAGGUGGAGAGAAUAGACAAAGGAAGUACAAGUUGAAAGACCAGUCAGACAAAGAAGGUGCCAGAGAGGCCUCUUUGUCCAAGAGACUUCGAGAUAGACAAGCUAUCCCCCCUGCCAAAGUGACAAAUGUCAGCUUGCUGGACAAGUCUGAGCCAAAUGGAGGUGGUGGGAAGAACAUAAAUCCUGAAAGUUUAUCUGCUCCAGAUUAUCUGAAAAAUGACACUGAAACAAAGCUCAGAAUAUCUCCAGCUUCUGAUUGCCAGGAUCAUAAUAAGGCAGGACAGGAAAUGUGCUAUGUGUGUUUGCAACGAGCACAGCGAAGUUCCCAGUUGUACUCCAGUGAGGAGAGGAAGAGGAGAGAGAUGCAAGAUGAGCAACUCAUACAGCAGUAUCAAAUGUUGAAAGAUCAAGAGGCUCUCUUCAAACACCAGAUGAAAAGUCUGGCCACUAGAGAACAGAAUCAGAAAAAUGCUGCCUAUAAUCUUGGAGUUGCUGAAGCUAUUAGGAGGCACAAGAAUGAGAAACCUGAAUUUUAUAAAUCCUUCCUAUUUGACAAACGACCACUCAGCACUGAGCUUAAUGCUGUUAGGCAAGAGGAAUAUUCCCAGAGUCUCCUGAAACAAAUGGAUAACAGACGGGAAAAGGAAAUAAAGCAAAGACAAAACAGAGAGUUGAUGGACCGCCUGGAACAAGUGCAACUCACAGAGGAACUUGCUGCGCAAAGAGCCAAAUAUUUAAAAGAUAAGAUGGAGGAAACCCAGUGUUACAAGAGGGCUUUGGAUGCACAGAUAAAGAACAAGCCCAACCAGCUGCCUGUGUUUGAACCAGACUCCUCUGAGCCCAUCUUUGGGAAGAAUGAGCAUGAAUUGAUGGCAGAAAAGAGAAAGCGAGAACAGAAUUAUAUGAAACACCAGCUGGAGGCAGCUGCUAACAACAAGAGGAAAGCCAUCCUCCACCAGCUGGUGGAUCAGAGGCGGGAUCUGCAGAUGCUUCAGAGGACACAGAGAGAGCAUUUGGCAGACAGAACUGCUGAGCUGGAGCAAGUGAGCAGAAUCAACCAGCGCUUGCAGGAGGACUGGGAACACAGUACCGAGAUGAAGAAGCAGCGGGACCUGGAGGAGAAGGCUUUUGAGCGGGCUUCUGACAAGCUAUUCCUCCUGGACCAGUGCCAGAAGUACCGGCGCUGCAAGCAGUGCCAGAGGCGCACCUCCAAUGUGGGCGAGAGCAACCUGUGGCCCCUGAACAAGUUCCUGCAUGGUUCCCGCUUGCUUGUGUAA